AAUGUCAAUAUAUUGCUGUUGUAUUGUAAAGCACGUAAAGUCGUCAUUGCAAAAUUAUUAAUUUCUUAUCAAAAUAAUGGACAACAAGUCAAGUGUAAGUUUUGUGUGUCAAAGGUGCCUGCAGCCGUUGAUAUUAGACGAUACAUUUGGAAAUAUCAGUGUCCACGCCUUGGCUGAAUUGGCAUUGCCCAUCUAUGCAAACAAUGACAUCGAAUUGGAUUCGCAGGCCACCAGUUUAGAUAAUUUCGUUCCACCAUUUCGACUUACUGACUCAUCCGGCAACGGAUUUAUGCUCAUAUCGGAUGGAAAAGACAGCCAAACAUUAAGUGCGACCCUAAAGGCUCGAGCUGAUUUAUUCGACAGUUUAUCGUCAAACUCUGAAAUCGAUCACCCGUUAUGCGAUGAAUGCACUGACACUUUACUAGAUCUGAUGGACCAUCAGUUGAAAAUUGCUGACAAUGAAUGGAAGGACUACAACAAUUACCUGCAAAAGCUGAAAGAGACGGACGAUUCACCGAAUAUCGAAUUGUUAGAGAAGGAGCUGAGUGAUUUGGACGAUGAAGAGCGGCGGCUGAUUGACGAACUGAAGAAAUUGAAUCGUGAAGAGGAAGCUGUUCAGGCGUCCAUUUCUCUAGCUGAAAAGGAACGGGAUCGACUGGAUGCGGAACGAGAGAAAUUCCGUCGUGAAUAUACAAAACAUAAACGCAAUUUGAUGUUGACCGAAGAUGAGUAUCGCAGUUUGGAUUGCCAGUUGGCUUAUGUCAAUUCUCAAUUGGACAAAUUGAAGAAGACAAACAUUUUCAAUGUCACAUUUCACAUAUGGCAUGCCGGCCACUUCGGAACGAUAAAUAACUUUCGCUUGGGUCGUCUGCCAUCGUCGCCGGUCGAUUGGAGUGAAAUAAAUGCAGCUUGGGGACAAACAGCUUUGUUGCUCUCAGCAUUGGCGCGUAAGGUGAAUUUAACGUUCAAAAAGUAUCGGCUGGUGCCGUUCGGGAAUCAUUCGUACAUUGAGGUGAUCGGUGAAGGCAAAGAGCUACCACUAUACGGAACGGGCGGUUUCAAAUUUUUUUGGGACACAAAAUUUGAUGCGGCCAUGGUAGCAUUUCUGGACUGUUUAACGCAGUUCAAGGAAAAGGUAGAAACCGUUGACAAGGAAUUCUACUUACCGUACUUACUGAGGAAAGGCAAAAUAGAGGACUCGACAACAGGAAACUCAUAUUCUAUUAAAAUUCAAUUCAAUUCCGAGGAGCAAUGGACGAAGGCAUUGAAAUUCCUACUCACAAAUCUGAAAUGGGGCUUGGCGUGGGUCUCAUCACAGUUUACGAAUGAAAAAAUUGAUCUCCCCACCGAAUUGGCAUCGGCUUUGUAGUAAAAAUGUAGAGGAAAUAUUAAAUAGCGUUUCGAUC